AGUGGGGGCAAGGGGCGGCGCCGCCCUGAGUCACCGCCCCCUCCCGCGCCUCCGCGCCGCCACCUUUCCAUUCAGUCGCCCAACAUGGCUGGAGCACGGCGCUGAGCCCUCGCCACCGUCACCGUCACCGUCGCCGCCGCCCUCACCACCGCCGCCGCCUGCCCGGAGCGCUCGGCACGGAGCUGAGCCCCGGGCGGCCGCAGGCAUGUUGGGCACCGCGGACGAGAGCUCGGUGCGCGUGGCUGUCAGAAUAAGACCACAGCUUGCCAAAGAGAAGAUCGAAGGUUGCCAUAUCUGCACGUCAGUCACACCCGGAGAGCCUCAGGUCUUCCUCGGGAAGGAUAAGGCCUUUACUUUUGAUUAUGUGUUUGACAUCGACUCCCAGCAGGAGCAGAUCUACACCCAGUGCAUCGAAAAGCUCAUUGAAGGCUGCUUUGAAGGCUACAAUGCUACCGUGUUUGCCUAUGGACAAACUGGAGCUGGGAAAACCUACACGAUGGGAACCGGAUUUGAUGUGAACAUCAUGGAGGAAGAGCAGGGCAUCAUCUCUCGUGCUGUUAGACACCUGUUCAAGAGUAUUGAUGAGAAAAAGACCUCAGCGAUUAAAAAUGGGCUGCCCCCUCCUGAAUUCAAAGUGAAUGCCCAGUUCCUAGAGCUCUAUAAUGAAGAGGUCCUUGACUUGUUUGAUACCACUCGGGAUAUUGAUGCAAAAAAUAAAAAAUCAAAUAUAAGAAUUCAUGAAGAUUCAACUGGAGGAAUUUAUACUGUGGGCGUCACAACACGCACUGUGAAUACAGAACCAGAGAUGAUGCAGUGUCUGAAGUUGGGCGCUCUCUCGCGCACCACGGCCAGUACCCAGAUGAAUGUACAGAGCUCUCGUUCACACGCCAUCUUUACCAUUCACGUGUGUCAAACCAGAGUGUGUCCCCAAGCAGAUGCUGAGAACACAACUGAUAACAAGCUGAUUUCCGAAUCAUCGCCAAUGAACGAGUUUGAGACGCUGACUGCGAAGUUUCACUUUGUUGAUCUGGCGGGGUCGGAAAGACUGAAGAGAACCGGAGCUACAGGCGAGAGAGCAAAAGAGGGCAUUUCCAUCAACUGCGGGCUUUUGGCUCUUGGGAAUGUAAUCAGCGCCUUGGGGGACAAGAGCAAGAGAGCCACCCACGUCCCUUACAGAGACUCGAAGCUGACAAGACUCUUGCAGGAUUCCCUGGGGGGUAACAGCCAGACCAUCAUGAUAGCAUGCGUCAGCCCUUCAGACAGGGAUUUCAUGGAGACGUUAAACACUCUGAAGUACGCCAAUCGAGCUAGAAAUAUCAAGAACAAGGUGAUGGUCAAUCAAGACAGAGCCAGUCAGCAAAUCAACGCGCUGCGGAGCGAGAUCACGCGCCUUCAGAUGGAGCUCAUGGAAUACAAAACAGGUAAAAGAAUAAUUGACGAGGAAGGCGUGGAAAGCAUCAAUGACAUGUUUCAUGAGAAUGCUAUGCUGCAGACUGAAAAUAAUAAUCUGCGUGUAAGAAUAAAAGCCAUGCAGGAGACCGUUGAUGCGCUGAGGGCCAGAAUCACGCAGCUUGUCAGUGAGCAGGCCAACCAAGUUCUUGCCCGAGCAGGUGAAGGGAAUGAAGAGAUCAGUAACAUGAUUCAUAGUUAUAUUAAAGAAAUUGAAGACCUCAGGGCAAAACUAUUAGAAAGUGAAGCAGUGAACGAGAACCUUCGGAAGAACUUGACCAGAGCCACGGCGAGAUCUCCUUACUUCAGUGCCUCCUCAGCUUUCUCGCCUACUAUACUGUCUUCAGAUAAGGAGACUAUCGAAAUUAUAGAUCUAGCAAAGAAAGACUUGGAGAAGCUAAAACGGAAAGAGAAGAAGAAGAAGAAAAGUGUUGCCGGGAAAGAUGAUAAUGCAGACACUGACCAGGAGAAGAAAGAAGAAAAGGGUGUUUCAGAGAAAGAAAACAAUGAGCUAGACACGGAAGAGAAUCAAGAAGUGAGUGACCACGAGGAGGAGGAAGAGGAGGAAGAGGACGAGGAGGAAGAGGAUGACAUCGAAGGAGAAGAAAGCUCUGAUGAAUCAGAUUCCGAAUCUGAUGAAAAAGCUAACUAUCAAGCCGACUUAGCCAACAUCACCUGUGAGAUUGCGAUUAAGCAGAAGCUGAUUGACGAACUGGAGAACAGCCAGAAACGGCUGCAAACCCUGAAAAAGCAGUACGAGGAGAAGCUGAUGAUGCUCCAACAUAAGAUCCGGGACACGCAGCUGGAGAGGGACCAAGUGCUCCAGAACCUAGGCUCGGUGGAGUCAUACUCGGAAGAAAAGGCCAAGAAAGUGAAGUGCGAAUAUGAGAAGAAGCUCCAUGCCAUGAACAAAGAGCUGCAGCGACUGCAGACGGCCCAAAAGGAGCAUGCCAGGCUCCUCAAAAACCAGUCUCAGUAUGAAAAGCAGCUCAAGAAACUGCAGCAAGACGUCAUGGAGAUGAAGAAAACCAAGGUUCGUCUAAUGAAGCAGAUGAAAGAAGAGCAGGAGAAAGCCAGGCUGACAGAAUCUCGAAGGAACCGGGAAAUCGCUCAGCUGAAGAAGGAUCAGCGCAAGCGAGAUCAUCAACUUAGACUUCUAGAGGCCCAGAAAAGAAAUCAAGAAGUUGUUCUGCGACGCAAAACGGAAGAGGUUACAGCUCUCCGCAGGCAAGUGAGGCCCAUGUCUGAUAAAGUAGCGGGAAAAGUUACUCGGAAGCUGAGCUCAUCCGAAAGCCCCGCUCCGGACACAGGUUCCAGUGCGGCUUCGGGGGAAGCAGAUACAUCACGGCCAGGCACCCAGCAGAAAAUGAGGAUCCCUGUGGCAAGAGUCCAGGCAUUACCAACACCUACAACAAACGGCACCAGGAAAAAAUAUCAGAGGAAAGGAUUCACUGGCCGGGUGUUCACUUCCAAGACUGCCCGCAUGAAGUGGCAGCUACUGGAGCGCCGGGUGACCGACAUCAUCAUGCAGAAAAUGACCAUUUCCAACAUGGAGGCAGACAUGAACAGACUCCUCAGGCAACGGGAAGAACUCACAAAAAGGCGAGAGAAACUUUCAAAAAGGAGAGAGAAGAUAGUCAAGGAGAGUGGAGAGGGAGAUAAAAGCCUGGCUAACAUCAGCGAGGAGAUGGAGUCCCUGACGGCCAACAUAGAUUACAUCAAUGAUAGCAUUGCCGACUGUCAAGCCAACAUCAUGCAGAUGGAGGAGGCAAAGGAAGAAGGGGAGACAUUGGAUGUCACCGCUGUCAUUAAUGCCUGUACGCUGACAGAAGCUCGGUACCUGCUAGAUCACUUCCUGUCAAUGGGCAUCAAUAAGGGUCUGCAGGCUGCCCAGAAAGAGGCUCAAAUUAAAGUCCUUGAGGGUCGACUCAAACAGACUGAAAUCACCAGUGCAACCCAGAACCAACUCUUAUUCCAUAUGCUGAAGGAGAAGGCAGAGCUAAACCCAGAGCUGGAUGCCUUGCUAGGCCACGCACUGCAAGAUCUAGAUGGCGCCCCACCAGAAAACGAGGAGGACAGCAGCGAGGAAGAUGGCCCUUUACACAGCCCGGGGUCGGAGGGAAGCACGUUGUCUUCAGACCUUAUGAAGCUUUGUGGUGAAGUGAAACCAAAGAACAAGGCUCGAAGGAGAACCACCACUCAGAUGGAGUUGCUGUAUGCAGAUAGCAGUGAAGUAGCCUCAGACACUAGUGCAGGAGAUGCCUCCUUGCCUGGCCCUCUGGCACCUGUUGCAGAAGGGCAGGAGAUUGGAAUGAACACAGAGACAAGUGGUACUUCUGCUAGGGACAAAGAGCUUCUUGCCCCAUCUGGCUUACCUUCUAAGAUAGGCAGCAUUUCCAGACAGUCAUCUCUAUCAGAAAAAAAAGUGCCAGAGCCUUCCCCUGUAACAAGGAGAAAGGCAUAUGAGAAAGCAGAUAAGCCAAAGGCGAAGGAACAUAAACACUCAGAUUCGGGCGCUUCCGAGACUAGUCUCUCACCUCCUUCCUCCCCACCAAGCCGGCCCCGUAACGAACUGAAUGUGUUUAAUCGCCUUACUGUGCCUCAGGGAACCCCGUCAGUUCAGCAGGAUAAGUCUGAUGAAAGUGAUUCCUCUUUGUCGGAGGUGCACAGCAGAUCCUCCAGAAGGGGCAUAAUCAACCCAUUUCCUGCCUGCAAAGGAGUCAGAGCCUCUUCUCUUCAGUGCGUUCACAUAGCUGAAGGGCACACAAAGGCUGUGCUCUGUGUGGAUUCUACGGAUGAUCUUCUCUUCACCGGAUCAAAAGAUCGCACUUGUAAAGUAUGGAAUCUCGUGACCGGACAGGAAAUUAUGUCCCUGGGGGUUCACCCUAACAAUGUGGUGUCUGUAAAAUACUGUAAUUAUACCAGUCUGGUCUUCACCGUGUCGACAUCUUAUAUUAAGGUGUGGGAUAUCAGAGAGUCAGCAAAAUGCAUUCGAACAUUAACAUCUUCAGGUCAAGUUACCCUUGGAGAAGCAUGUUCUGCCAGCACCAGCCGGACAGUAGCUAUUCCUUCCGGGGAGAGCCAGAUCAAUCAAAUUGCACUAAACCCAACUGGCACUUUCCUCUACGCGGCCUCUGGAAAUGCCGUCAGAAUGUGGGACCUUAAAAGGUUUCAGUCUACAGGAAAGCUAACCGGACACCUGGGUCCUGUCAUGUGCCUUACGGUAGACCAGAUCUCCAAUGGACAGGACCUCAUCAUCACUGGCUCAAAAGACCACUACAUCAAAAUGUUUGAUGUGACUGAAGGGGCUCUUGGAACUGUAAGUCCCACCCACAACUUCGAGCCUCCUCAUUAUGAUGGGAUAGAAGCACUGGCCAUUCAAGGCGAUAACCUAUUCAGUGGGUCCAGAGAUAAUGGAAUCAAGAAAUGGGACUUAGCUCAGAAAGGUCUUCUUCAGCAAGUCCCAAAUGCACACAAGGACUGGGUGUGUGCCCUGGGCCUGGUGCCAGGCCACCCGGUUUUGCUGAGUGGCUGCAGAGGCGGCAUUCUGAAACUCUGGAAUGUGGAUACUUUUGUGCCUGUUGGAGAGAUGAGAGGUCAUGACAGUCCCAUCAAUGCCAUUUGUGUUAACUCCACCCAUGUCUUUACUGCCGCUGAUGAUCGAACCGUGAGAAUCUGGAAGGCCCACAACUUGCAAGAUGGUCAACUCUCUGACACAGGCGAUCUUGGGGAGGAUAUUGCCAGUAAUUAACAUGGAUGGGCAGAAGCAGAAGCCGACACUGUGAUGACGCUCCGUGUUCUUUAUUGAAAACGAUGUCCUGCACUUAUUACUAGUGGAAUCAACUGGGAACAUAUCUCAAUCCAUGGCUAGAUAAUGUGUAUCCUAAUAAAAUUGUUCUGUCUUGUAUAUGAAAUAUUAAUAUCUACCAACACAUGGACUUCCUAAAAUCGAUAUAUUGCUUGAAUCACACUUUUACUGUGGCUGAAUUUUUGUGCCUAGUUAUAAAAAAGACACUUUGAAUUAUUUGAGUUAUAAGGCAUCUGCUUUUGUGACAGGAGCAUACCCAGAAUAAAACACGCCUCCCUGUUAACUCGUUCAAAUAAUGUGGUCAUAACUUACAUAUUUAAACGUGUAUUGGAGUUGUUAACUCAAAUUGUAGUUAAAAAAAAAAAUCAGGAAUUUUGUCCAUGUAUAAGGGGUUCUAAGUUUCAAAGCUUGUUCAGUGUAAUGGAAUAACAAGAUGAAUUAUUGGUGAUUCUUCAUAAUCGAUGUGGUCUACUAAGAAAGAUAAUAAUUUGUGCUAAAAUGCUCAUGUUUACCUGUAUUGACCAAAGCUUUCAGUUGUUCUUCAUUCUGUGCUCAGGAUUGAAAUGCUGCAUAACUGUUGUGUUGUUAGUGCUGGGCACGUAUUCUGGGACGGUGAGCUGUUGAUUUCCUAACAGAAAGAUAUUUUGAUCUAUUUUCCUAUGGAAUUGUUUCUAUUAUUAUCUUUUAAUUUCUUUUUUAUUUAAUAGUAAUAGUUCCUUUCUCCUUCCUCUGAUUUUUAUAUGCUGCUAAAUAUAUUUUAAAUAUACUGUGUUUGCACACACUGGUAGCUAUGUGUUUGCACACAUUGGUAGACUGUUAUCAUUUGUGGUGGGAACCCAUGUAAAUAGGUAGACUGUAAAGAGAGACUAUCUUGCAUUAUGACUUUAUGAAUUUCUAAGUGCUGUUUGAUUGGGUUUUGUUACAAGAUGUAUAAUUUAUCUGUCUGCUCAGAAUAUUAAUUUGUAAAUUCUGCAAGGUUAAUUUUAUGUAAUGGUAUAACUUUUGAAAUUAUUGUCUUAUGUUAUUUGUUUUUUUUUUUUUUUUGCCCUGAAAAUAUUUGUUUGUAAAUGAAAGUUUAGCUAGUGCUUAAAUAAACAUGUGCUAUGAAUAGUU